AUGAGAAAUUUGCCUGUGUUUUUCUUUCUUCUUCAGACAUUUGUCCUCGCAGACAAACUCGAGAUCCGUGAGGAGGAAUUGAAAACAGAAAGUCCUAACACGGACGCAGAGAUACUGACAUCGACAGAAAAUGAAAGUGCAGAAAUUGUGGCAUCAACUUUGUCAAUUACAACUACUACAGCAAUUGUAUUUUUCAUCCCUGGCUGCAUCAUUGGAUUCUUCGUUGUAUACGGAUCGCAGUGUCCCGAGGAGAAACUUGAAGGGCCGAUUGGUUAUGCUGUCCUUGGAGGAAUUGGUUUUGUUCUUGCCCUGCUGCUGCUUAUCGGCAGUAUGACAAAUUGUGGACAGACAAACGAAAAGAAAGAGCAAGACAAUUAUUCUUCGUCUCUGGAUGAGACGAUUGGCGAAGAUGAGCCCUCCGACCCUUACGCUACUUCUGUUGUCAAGAUAUAA